CAAUGGUCGAAAUAAAAUCAUUCGUCUUCUUCGACCUGGAGACAACGGGCAUUCCACAGUAUGAACAUUUCCGGACGAAAAUUACCGAACUUUCGAUGGUAGCGUGCGGGCGGGACCAUUUGGUAGAAUCGAACACCGAACUGCCACGUGUAAUGCACAAAUUGUCCCUCUGCUUCAACCCGUUCCGUAUGAUAACGCUCGGCUCUUCGCAGGCAACAGGUCUUUACAAUGAUCUGCUCGAGAAGGAAGCAAAGUUCGAUGCAAAUGCAGGCGAGAUGGUAAAGCUGUUCCUUGAUCGACUACAAAAACCCAUCUGCCUGGUAGCGCACAAUGGCAAUCAGUUUGAUUUUAUACUGCUCAAGCAACACCUGCUCCGGAUCGGUGUACCACUGCCGGCCGAACUGUACUGUGUCGACUCGCUGCCAGCAUUCCGCAAGAUCGAAACCGACGUAGAGCGCUCGUACCUCGAGCACAACGAAGGGCUGGACAGUGAGAUUCCCGAGCUGGAGUACAAGGCGCUGCUCGUAAUGGAGGAACUCGAGCAGGCAAACGAUUGGAUGAAGGAACGGCAAAAGCUUAAUGAAACCACACCACACAGCGGACGUAUGGAGCAAAAGUAUAAGCAAGCACUCCGGGAGUAUCUUACGAUUGGUCCGGGUGAAAAAUCGCCCUCAACACAGGAACCAUCGGAUGAGGAGGGUAGUAGUGAUGGUAGUUCCUCUUCACGGCAGGAAAUCAGUGGUAAAUCCCGUAAACGGUUAUUCCCUUCCACUUCGCCGGAUGAUACGGAGGAUGUAAAACCAUUGCCAAGUUCUCCGGCUCCGGCCAAGAAGCUUUAUAAAUUGUCCGAGCUGUAUAAGCGCACCGUGGGAAAAGAACUGAUCAACGCACACCGUGCGGAAGACGAUACGUUGGCGCUGAUGAACUGUGCCGUUGUGCACGGGAAACGGUUCGUUCGAUAUGCGGACGCUAACUGUGUAGCGUACGAGGAGGUGAAAGGCAAAUUUUAA